AUGUCAGACUACCUUUGGUUUGAUGGCAUACCAUUGCCAUCUGUAUGGUUUGAAAAAGAAAUACUCAAAAAUGUUUGUGAUAAGUUUGUGAUCAGAGAUGAAGACACAGUCAUACUGACUUACCCUAAGUCAGGAACUCACUGGCUGGUUGAGACAGUCUGCUUGAUUCAGUCCAAGGGAGAUCCCAAUUGGAUCCAAUCUGAGCCUAUCUGGGAACGCUCACCCUGGAUAGAGGGUCAAAGAGGAUAUCAAAAAUUAAUCAAUAAGGAAGGACCACGCCUCAUCACCUCCCACCUUCCCUUACAUCUUUUCCCCAAGUCUUUCUUCAGUUCUAAGGCCAAGGUUAUCUAUGUCAUCAGAAAUCCCAGAGAUGUUCUUGUGUCUGGUUAUUUUUUCUGGAGUAAGACAAAAUUUGUUAAGAAUCCAGAGUCACUGACAACUUAUUUUGAAUGGUUCCUCAAAGGGAAUGUGGCAUAUGGAUCAUGGUUUGAGCACACCCGUGCCUGGCUGUCCAUGAGAAAAAGGGACAACUUCCUGCUACUAAGCUAUGAAGACAUGAAAAAGGACACAAAGAGCACCAUAGAGAAGAUCUGUGACUUCCUAGGAAAAAAAUUAGAGACAAAUGAAUUGGAUAUGGUCCUCAAGUACAGUUCCUUUCAUUCAAUGAAAGAAAAUAACAUGUCCAAUAUAAGUUUCCUGCCUGAAGAUAUGGCUUCUGAUGGUUUGGUUCUCUUGAGAAAAGGCAUGAUGGGGGACUGGAAGAAUCACUUUACAGUAGCCCAAGCUGAAGUCUUUGAUAAAGUAUUCCAGGAAAAAAUGGCUGGUUUCCCUUCAGGGAUAUUUCCAUGGGAAUAA